AAAAAAAAUCUAGCAGAACCUGUAGUUGCAGCGUUCAUCGCUGGUGGAGUAGCAGGGGCUGUUUCCCGCACGAUUGUUUCACCUCUUGAGCGCCUAAAAAUUUUACUCCAAGUUCAGAGUGCCGGCAGGCAAGAGUAUAGACUAUCGAUAUGGAAGGCGCUAGUAAAGAUGGGUCGGGAGGAAGGUUGGAAAGGCUUUAUGCGGGGAAACGGCACAAAUUGCAUACGAAUCAUUCCCUACUCAGCGGUUCAGUUUGGAAGCUACAAUUUUUACAAAAAGUUCAUAGAGCCAGCACCAGGUGCUGAUUUAACACCUCUUCGCCGGCUUCUCUGUGGUGCAUUUGCUGGAAUCACCUCUGUUACAGUGACAUAUCCACUCGAUAUUGUUCGUACGAGGCUCUCUAUCCAAUCAGCCUCCUUCGCGGAACUAGGUCAUCAGAACAGCGGCGGAAAACUGCCUGGCAUGUUGGAAACCAUGAUUUUAAUGUAUAAAAGCGAGGGAGGUGUUCUUGCUUUGUAUCGCGGUAUCAUCCCUACAGUAGCUGGUGUGGCCCCUUAUGUGGGACUGAAUUUCAUGGUCUACGAAUCCGUGCGAGUCUAUCUCACACCUAAUGGUGAGAAAAACCCGAGUUCAGCGAGGAAGCUCGCUGCUGGUGCUAUUUCAGGGGCAGUUGCUCAAACGUGCACUUAUCCUUUUGACGUCCUCCGGCGGAGAUUUCAGAUCAAUACCAUGACUGGAAUGGGAUACCAGUAUUCGUCAAUCUGGGAUGCUGUUAAAGUUAUAGUGGGCCAAGAAGGAAUCCGUGGCCUUUACAAGGGUAUAGCCCCUAACUUAUUGAAGGUUGCGCCUAGCAUGGCAAGCAGCUGGCUGAGCUUUGAGAUCGUGCGAGAUCUACUUGUUGGACUGAAAGAAAACUAG